AUGAUGACGAUUCAAUUAGAAGAGAAAAAUCCUGACAAUAAAAAUAAUAAUACUAAUGAUAUUUCGAAAACUGAUUUGAUUCCGGUUACCAAAGGUGUUCAUCAUGAUAUAAAAAGCAUUUUAACUGAUAUUCGUACCAUUUUAUAUGCAAUAAUCUUUGGUAUUCUGUUUGGAUUUUUCAUUAACAAAGGCACGGUAUUUGUGGCUCCUACUAUUCGUAAACAGAUGUUAUUUCAACGUUUCGCUAUGUUAAAAAUGUUUCUUGCUGCUGUUGGAGUAUCUAUGUUGAGUGUGACUCUACUUGUUCUCUGCCGUAGAAACUUAUAUGAGAAGAUUCUCAAUGGCUAUAUUGAACAUAAUAGUCGUCGAGGCGUUCUUCAUUAUUUAUUUGGUGGUACUCUAAUCGGGUUAGGCAUGGUUGUAUGUGGAAGUUGUCCAGGAACCGUUUUUGUUCAAGUAGGCUCUGGUAUUGUCUAUUCUCUGUUUACCUGUUUGGGUGGUCUUCUCGGCACUUAUUUCUAUUAUGUAUUUGUACAUGAGCGAAUUUCACAAGAAAAAUUUCCUGCAUCAUCUCUUGUUCUUCGACGCCUUUGUGAUGUUCUUCCUAUUCCAAGCACUGGUUGCCAUGCAAUAUUCGGUCUUAUCUUCGUUGGUAUUGCUAUUGGCCUAGAAUUCGCUGUUCCAUGGAAAUCUGAUUUAAAUCCUGGCCUAUUAAGCAAAGGCACUGUUAAUCCAGAUGAUGCAACAGGUCAUUUUUUGGGCUUAGCUGCUUGGCCACCGUCGGCUUGUGGUGCUGGUGUCGGUCUGUUACAAUUAUUUUUCAUGUAUUUUCUGGAGAAAUCAUUAGGAGUUUCAUCAGCAUUUACUGUAUUUGCUGCUCAAGCAUGUCGUAUCAAAAUAAUUGGCCAAGCAAUGCCAUCAUUGAAUUCAUUUACUUAUGGUCUCAAGAAUUAUGUAGCACUUCUAUUUGCUUUAGGAGCUAUUGGUGGUAGUGCUAUAUCAGCAGGUCUAUCAAAAACAAUUCCAUUAGGUCCUGAAAAUGGAACAAAUAUACUUAAUAGUAUUCUUGGAGGAUUUAUUUUACUGUUAGGAGCACGUUGUGCUGGCGGAUGUACAAGUGGACAAGGAAUCUCUGGCACCACGCAUCUUCUGAUAGGCUCAUUCAUUACGACAGCAUCUAUAUUUGGUGGUGGUAUUAUUUUCGCUUUCAGUUAUUCAUUGAGUAAUAGCGAAUGGCUUUUUCAAAACCUUUGA